GGUUGAUCUGGCACUCCGCUAAGAUGAGCGACCGCGGAAGCAAUCUUGAAGGCCGGCCGGAGACUGUCGCGAACUCUUGGCGGUUCGCGAUUCUUCUGGCAAGGUUUGUCUUAUCAGCGCUACAGCAGGGGAUGUUGAAGUCGCUCGGGCUACUCAUGCCGUACCUAGUCAUAAGGCUGGACUCCUCAUACGAAACGAUUGGGUUGAUCUUCGCCAUGGAGUACGCCGUUUUCUUGAUGACAAGUCCAUUUGUACAUCUACUGUCAAGGAGAUUCGAACCCAGAGCCUUAUCCAUUAUCGGAGCUAUUCUGUCAUCGAUGUGUAUCAUGCUGUCCUCGGCUGUGUGGUCAGUUUGGAUCAUCGGGGUCUUAUUUAUUGCAGCAGGUGCCUUGUCCUCUCCAGUCUACCAAACAACGGCCGUUCUUCUGCACCAGUACUUCAACGAAAAGUACGCCGCCGCUAAUGCACUAGGCUCAACCGGUGCUCAGGCCGGAGGAAUUGUUCUCCCACUUGUGACGUCAUACCUACUUAUUGCAUACGACGUAGAUGGCGCUUUAUUAUGCCUGGGUGCCAUCUCUUUGCACUUUGUUGUAGUUGCUGCACUAUUGAGGCCGAAUGUAGGUUUGCCAAGGUUUGGAGAAGAAACUAGCGGAUACGGAGAAUGCACGGUGUCUUUGAGUUUAGGAUCUUCUGAUAAAAACACCCCGAAACAAGGUGCAGCAGCUAAUCUUGGGUGUAAGGUUGAACGAUGUAUUCGCUGGCUUGGGGAGGUAACCGAUUUAAAGACAGUGCUGGCAGAGAAAUUGUACUGCUUGUUGAUUCUCCCGUCCCUCUUCUUACAUCAAAUCACCUUCAUCGGUUGGGUACUGUUUAUGGUCCCUUGUGUGACGUCAUACGGAAUCACACCCACUCAAGCAGCAUACUUUCCGCUCGCGGGAUCAUGUGGAGGUCUCGUCGGGCGUAUCGCCUGUGGUGCCAUCCUCUACUUCCGCCCGAAGUGGGGGAAGCGGAGUCUAGUAACAGGACUCAGCAUUUCCUCAUUUAGCUUACUCAGUUUUGCAUUCCUGCAGAGCAGAUCAUUAAAGCUUAUUUCAACUUUAUUUGCUGGUUUUGGUCUGUACGCAACGUUUUCCUCAUUCUACGCUGUCCUGCACAAUUCUGUUGCCAAAGAGAAUUUUUCUGGGAUAUUAUCAGUCAUGUCCUUCGUUCGGGGGAUUGGUGUUGCGAUCGGAAGCUAUUUAACAGGUCUCAUCUUCGAAAUAACUGGUUCAUUCGCUGUGGCAUUCAAGGUCCUAGCCUUCCUGGAUACCGCCAUCAUCAUACUGAUUGCCCUCUUCACCAUCCUACAGAAAAGAAAUCAAGCUUCUUCUCACGCGUGAGAUGUCCUUGCAAAUGUGCAAUGUUUUUUUCCUAACAUGCGAUUAAGCUUGCCGUGGACACAUGAUGAAAGGGGGAGAAAGGGGAGAAAGCCGGGGGGGGGGGCAUCCAGUGAUCUUUCAAAAAGUGGGGAAAGGAAAAGGCAUGAAAAUAUAGACAGAACAAAAAAAGACAAAACGGGAAGGAAUACAAUACAAACAAGAAAGAUGAUGAUCGAAAAAGAAAGAGAAAGGGACU